UAGUCACGCCUGCUCAUUCAUUACUUUUUAAUUUUCACGAAUUUAUAGACACGAUGGCAUACAUGAUCCAAAAAAAAUUCGAUUAAAUAUUGUACGGCUCAUCACAACAACAUACAAUUUUUGAGAAUCGGUAACCUCGAACCUCGCGUUAAGCAUUUCAUCAAUAACUCAAAAUUGUUCAAGAUCAAGAUGGUUCGCUGUGCCAUAAAUAGUGACGUACCUACAUUCUUUUCUUUAGUGUGUCGGAUUACAAUACGCGAAAACUCAUGUGAAAGAAUGAAGUAAUGAGUAAAGCUACUUGAUUCUUUGUAUUGAGUGCAUCACUGUCGUUACAUUUACAAGCUAGAUCACUAUCAAAGGAUAAAUCCGAAAAUAAAACAAUAUUUACCCUCGUAAGGCUAGGCAAUUCCAAUAAUAAAUCUAAUAUGCUGAAUCACUGAUCAUAUUUGAUUGUCCAAAGGUCAUAACUAUUUUAGAUACCAACAAUCCAGAUAAGUUAUUUCCAUAACCUAUAAUGCUCGUCUCAGUACACAUCGUAAUACGAUAUUCUAAGCCUGCUUUCUCGGACAAGUUAAACAACUGUUUGUUUUAUAUUGAAGCAUAUUUUUAAAUGUUAAAAUGGGAAUAUAUCUAACGAUAGUGUUUUAUUCAGCAAUUGCGUUAGUUAUACUUAAGUUAUAUAUUAAGUUAACGACAGGAUGGUGCUAUAGUCAAGUUUGCCUAAAAGGCAAAACGGUCCUAGUUACUGGUGGAAAUUCAGGUAUUGGCUAUGAAACAGCUGCAGAUUUCGCUAAAAGAGGCGCAAAUGUAAUAAUAGCAUGUCGGAAUAAGGAUCGAGCCGAAGCAGCGUGUGAAAAAAUAAAGAAAGAAACUCACAAUCAAGAUAUUCAUUACAAGCUAGUCGAUUUAUCUUCAUUCGCAUCUGUGAGGAAACUUGCCGAAGAAAUCAACCAAACCGAAGACCAUCUGGACAUUUUGGUGAACAAUGCGGGAGUUUAUAAUGUCGGAAAUCAGCUUACGGAAGAUGGGCAACAGCUGUUGAUACAAACAAAUCACUACUCGCCGUUUUUGCUGACAAAUCUCUUACUAGAUUUGAUGAAGAAAUCAAAAAGUCGAAUAGUGAAUGUAUCGUCACUAGCCGGAAUGGCGGCAAAAAUGGAUUUGGAGAAACUGAACAAAUACAACAAUUUUUUCACUGAUUACGCACUGUCGAAAUUGUGCAACAUAAUGUUCACAAUUGAACUGGCUUCGAGACUGAAAGGCACAAGUGUGACGACAUAUUCUGUACAUCCUGGUACUGUGAAGACGGAAAUUAUUAGAGAUAGUGGCUUGGUAGCGAUAGUUUCAAGAUCUAUAAUUCGUACUUUGUUUAAGAACGCUACAGAAGGUGCUCAAACCUCCAUAUAUUGCGCUGUUGAAAAUGAUUUGGAGCCAUUCAGUGGGGAGCACUUCGAGGACUGUCAUAUGGUUGAAAGAUACAAAUCAGCUCAGGACGUAUGGAUAGCGAAGUCGGUCUGGGCUAAGUCAGAAAAUGUUGUGCAACUACGAUGAGUACACCACCGCACAUCGUUUUGAAUUUAUUGAAAAAUGCAUAAUAUCCAACUGUAUAAACGUGAAGUUUUAUCCUUUAUAUCAUCUCAAAUACUAUAAAAUAUUAAAAUAAAGUUUGACCAUUUAUUAUACUCUAUACUCUAAUAUUGAAUAAAUGCGCCUUUUUUAUGA